GAUUCAGAGCUUCUCUCGCCAACACAAAGCUUGGUUGCGAUGGUGCUAAACCUGUGUUGUUCAUUCACUAACGGUCCCAGGUAAAAAAGGCAGGUGGGUAAUACAAGGGUAGCAGUAACACGGACCCGCACUAAGUCCCGUAUAAGGUCUUUUGAGCCAGAUAGAAAGUUGAGUGAGACGUCGGAAAGGUUACAGUACCUAUUACAUCUACCAUAAUGUGUGGUCAAGCUGGGAGUAAGAUCGCCAACAUGAAUGAGGUGGUAGGGGACGUGGACGAACUGUACGCCAUGUUACAAAAAGGAAACACUAAAUCCCUACUUAAGAAGCAUCUUACACAGGAAAGAUUUGAUCUGCUGAAGGACAAGAAGACGUCGAUAGGAGGCACACUAGCACAAUGUAUAAAUUCAGGCUGUAAGAACAUGCACAGUGGUGUGGGUCUGUACGCGUGUGAUCCAGAAGCCUAUGAAGUCUUUAAAGAACUGUUUGAUCCGCUAAUAAUGGACUAUCACAAGAUCACAAAGGUAGAGCAUCCCACCCCAGACUUCGGAGACAUGGACAAACUCGGGUUUGAUGAUCUGGAUCCCGCCGGCGAAUUUAUCGUCUCCACACGUGUACGUGUUGGUAGAAGUCACGCGGGCUUCCCCUUCCCUCCAGGUGCAGACGAGCAGAAACGUCGAGAUAUGGAGGAUAAGACGAUCAAGGCUCUGGAACAUUUGGAUGGCGAUCUAAAGGGGGAGUACUUCUCACUGGAAAAGAUGACAAAGGAGGAUGAGAAACAGCUCAUAGAGGACCACUUCCUCUUCAAGGAUGACGACAAAUGUCUGCGAUCAGCAUGUGGCUACAACGACUGGCCGAUAGGCCGUGGUAUCUACUUCAGUAAAGACAAGAAGUUCCUCACCUGGAUUAACGAGGAGGACCAUCUCCGCUUCAUCUCCAUGCAAAAAGGAGGGGACUUGGCUACCGUCUGGAAAAGGCUUGUAACGGCCGUUAAGACGUUGGAGAAGAACCUGAAUUUCGCAAAGAGCAACAGACACGGCUACCUUACGUUCUGUCCUACAAAUCUCGGUACUACAUGCAGGGCUAGUGUCCACAUCAAGGUACCUAAACUGGCUAAAGCCGCGCGUGAAACCGAGGGGUCAGGCAGCCGUCUGGAUGAGGUGUGCGAAAAGUUCAACCUUCAGCCAAGAGGUAUCCACGGGGAACACACGGAGAGUGUGGGAGGGGUGUACGACAUCUCCAACAAGAGGCGUAUGGGACUGACAGAGUUUGACGCCAUCACAGAAAUGAAGAACGGUAUUGUGGAAAUCAUGAAGAUAGAGAAAGAGCUAGAUUAUAUUCCGGCGUCGUUAGAAGAACUCUGGAAGAAACUGAAAAAUGGCGAGUCAAACUCUUUACUGAAGAAACACCUGACCGAGCCAAUCUACAACAAGCUAAAAGAUAAGGUUACUUACCUGAAAGGAACAUUAGCAGAUUGCAUUAGGUCAGGCUGCAACAAUCUCGACAGUGGCUGUGGUAUUUAUGCUUGUGAUGCUGAAGCAUACGACGUCUUCUCCGACGUACUCUUCCCAGUCAUCAAAGACUACCACAAAGUGGACGAGGUCAAACAUCCUAACCCCGACUUUGGAGACAUCAAGAACUUAGGGUUUGGCGAUCUUGACCCCUCUAAGAAGUAUAUUAUCUCAACACGUGUUCGUGUGGGACGUUCGUUGGCCGGUUACCCAUUCCCCCCCACAGCUACAUUGAAGGACCGUAUGGAAAUGGAAGCUAGAGACAAGGACGCUUUCGAGACCCUAAAGGGAGAACUGAAAGGCACCUACUACCCCCUGUACGGCAUGAACAGAGCCACACAGCUGCAGCUUACAGAGGAUCACUUCCUCUUCAACGACAGCGACAGGUUCCUGAGGGAAGCCAGUGGGUUUGACGACUGGCCGGUUGGCAGGGGAAUCUUCCACAACCCUCAGAAGACAUUCCUUGUGUGGGUGAAUGAGGAGGACCAUCUACGAUUUAUCUCUAUGCAGAUGGGCGGAGACCUUGCAGCCGUGUACACACGUCUGGUCACGGCUGUCCAAGCCAUGGAGAAGAGCGGUUUGAAGUUCGCCCAUCAUCACAAACUGGGUUACCUGACCUUCUGUCCGACAAACCUUGGCACCACCCUCAGGGCCAGUGUUCACAUCAGAAUCCCCAAGCUAUCUACCAACCCCGAGUUCAAGGCCUUCUGUGAUCGCUUCAACCUACAAGCCCGAGGUAUCCACGGAGAACACACGGAGAGUGUGGGAGGGGUGUACGACAUCUCUAACAAGAGGAGGCUGGGUUUGACCGAGAUCGAGGCUGUACAGGAAAUGAGGAAGGGUGUUGAGGCCGUGAUUGCUGAGGAGCGGAAGUUGGACGGCUCAAGCGGGCCACAAUCGACCAGCAGAUUUGGACGCAAAGCAUAAACAUUUACAACAAUUUCAUAAUGUGUCAACGGAAACUGAUCUGAUUUCAUUAUGAGAGAAACUUUGAGGGUGUGCAAAAUCAUUUGAGAUUUGCUGCAAUUGUGCCAAUGCAGAACUUUUCUUUUUGUUUUUCAGUCAAAUAUUAUAUAUAUAUAUAUAACGAUUCUGGUGUCAUAACUCUCAUAGAGGCAUUGACUUGUCGACGAGAUGGUCGGCAACUACAAUGUUCCUUGUCACUAUGCGAGUGCAACGGCAGAGCAUAAAACAAUACGUUGGUCUUUGCUGUGAGUUUUACGUAUUAAACUUUUGUUAGAUACACAAAA